UAGUAAAUGGAGUCAGAAGCGGCGGCGUCGACGGAUGAACAACUAGCGGCUGCCGGAACAGCAACCGAUACCAGAGGCAGACAUCGGAUUCUUGCUGAACUCAAGCGAGUCGAACAAAAAUCCAAGUUCCUCGAGGAAGAGAUGGAAGUGCUUGAGGAAACAGAUAAUGUGUCAACCUUGUGUGAGGAAUUGCUACGGAGCAUUGAGACCAGACCUGAUCCACUACUUCCAUUAACAAAUGGUCCCAUAAACCGAUCAUGGGAUAUAUGGUUUGAAGGGCCUCAAGAUCCUGAAGGUUGCAACUGCCAGAUUCUGUGAUUUGAAGGCAAUCUAACACCCUUGUUUGUUGCCAAGAUAUGUUGUUUACAGAACAUAUAUCAUAUUUACGUCUCUCAAUUGUUAACAAUUUAUUCAAUUGACUCUUCUCCACAUUGUGCA